AUGCCGCCGCGUGUGCAGUCCCGGCCGACGGCGCCCAGGCCAGCCGCACCAGUGCUCUCGGCGAAACCCGCGCCAUCAGCAUCGACUUCACCAUCGUCAUCAUCAUCCAUGCCGCCACCACUGGCCCGCCCACGCUCGGGCAGCGUCGCGUCCGUGUCGUCCACCUCCUCCCGCGCGGGCCCGUCGACAGCACCCAAGCUCGCACCCCCGCCGCAGGGCAAGGACCUGUCGUCGUCGACGGGGCGAGUUUUCGCAAAGCCCAGCAAGGAAUGGGUGCUCCCUGAGCGCGCCAAGCCCGGCCGCAAGGCGAGCACCGAGGAGCCCGACAACAAGCGCCAGUCGCAGAACCGCCUGUCGCAGCGCGCACACCGCGCCCGGCGGACAGAUUACAUCCAGACCCUCGAGGACAGGCUGCGGCAGUACGAGGCCGACGAGAUCCACUCGAAUGUCCGCCUGCAGGAGGUCGCGCGCGCCCUCAAGGCCGACAACGACAAGAUGAAGGCCGAGCUGACUCAGCUCCGCUCCGCGCUCACCGCUGCGCGCGGCGACCGCGAAAAGUGGCUCGCGGAGCGCAAAGCGCUCAACGACUCGCUGAGGACCAUGCGUACCCAGGUCGACGCGUUGCGCACUGCGUCCAACAUCUCCAGCCCGGCAGCGCACCUCGACGAGCGUCUAGAGUACGAGCUGGCCGCGCUCGCGCGCUCGCCGGUACUCACGCCCGUGCUGCGAUCGUACGCUUCGACACCACGGCGCGGGUCGGCGACGCGCACGCCGCGCGAGCCGACCGGCUCCUCGUCCCUCGCGUGUCCCAUCUGCCCCGACCCAGAUCCAGACUGCCCCUGCCAGCAGCCCGACGACACGGGCAUGGAGUCGACUCUGGCCAGGCCGAUCGCCUCCGCCUCGGCGCGCUGCGGGCUGUGCGACCUCGCGCCCGAGGCGUGUCUCUGCAGCGCGGUAGAGGAGGACAUCAAGCCUAUCAUCCCGCGCUCGCCGCGCAGCUCGCCCGGCCCAGACGACUCGCCCGACUGCGGGCUGUGCACCGCGUCCGAGUUCUGUGCGUGCCGUGCUGGCGCGGCGGCGACAGCAGCAGCGGCAAGCAGCGGCCCGUCGUCUGGCAUCUCUGCGGCGGCGCCACCCCCGCCAAAGGCCAAGCCACUUCCUACGCUGUCUGUCGGCAUCGCAGCGCCAGCCAUUCCGCUCCGCCUGCGCUCUCGCGCCGCAAAGCGCCAGAGCGUGUGGUCGCUGGAGAACGUUCCGUCCGGAACCAGUCGCAAGGAGGCAGUGUGUACAGGCGACCCGUCAAACUGCGACGCGUGCAAGAACGACAAGUUUGGGCAAGAGUUCUGUGGGCACCUCUUCGGCAAGGAGCACGACUGCGCGACGCAGUGCGGGCCGGGCAAGAGUGCCGCCGCCGCGGCGGCAGCAGCAGCAACAGCUAGCUCGGUCUCGAUCGCGUCGCUCGUAACGGGCCCAGUGCCCGGGUCGCCAGCGACGCCGCUCACCCCGCCGCCGCAGGCGCCGCUCGUGCUGGCGUGCUGCGGCGCGCCCGAGCUGUGCGGCCAUGCAGGCGGGUGCGCAGGCGACGUGAUUGGCCUCGGCGCGCCCGAGCCGUAUGUCACGGAGCAGCAGGCGGGCGUCGACGAGGUCGAGAUGCGCCCAGACGAGGCGUGGAAGGCGCUCAAGGCGCACCCAAACUCCAAGUUCACGCCGCUCGCCAUCCUCGCCGACGUGGUCGCGCGCCGCGCGCCGUGUCUCGGCCCGCGCGUCGAGAUGUCCCCCCCGCCUUCGUCGCCCCAGAACCACAUCCACGAGGCCGCCAAGCGCCGCGUCGCGGUCGAGACUAGCGCCGUGCGCGACGCGCUGCGCUACCUCGACACUGCGACACCUAGGGACGGCGAGGUGGAUCUGUCGCGGGCUGCCAAGAGGCGGCGGGUGUAG